GAGACAAACAGUAUUGAAACGUUUGCGCCAGCACUGGUCGAUACGCUGGGAAGUUGUCUGAACCAUGAAAUGAUCGGUAUUGGACCUGUCGGUGCAAUCAUCGAUACGCCACACUGCAAGAUCGCCUGUGAACUACUCAACAGCCUUUUCCUUGUAUGUUUUGUUAAAAUUCUACGAGAAUGCUUUUUGAUCCAGAUUCUUCCUGAAAUUAUUUCGGCCGAAUGA